CAGUAAGGACUGCUUCCGGGUCAGGGGGCAGGAGACACCAUGGAAGCUCGCGGAGCCGCGGGGCCGCCUGCGCCACUGGCGGGCGUCUGAGGCGAGUUUGACCGCCCGCCGGGGACACGCAGGCUGGUUCCGCAGUGCCGCGGUGGCCGCCAUGUCGGUGCUGGGAGAGUAUGAGCGACACUGCGAUUCCCUCAACUCGGACUUCGGGAGCGAGUCCGGGGGCGGCGGAGACUCGGGCCCGGGGCCCAUCGCCAGCCCGGGGCCGCGAGCCGGCGGCACGGUGGAGCAGGAGGAGCUGCACUACAUCCCCAUCCGUGUCCUGGGCCGCGGCGCCUUCGGGGAGGCCACGCUGUACCGCCGCACCGAGGAUGACUCACUGGUGGUGUGGAAGGAAGUUGAUUUGACCCGGCUGUCUGAGAAGGAGCGUCGUGAUGCCUUGAAUGAGAUUGUUAUUCUGGCACUGCUGCAGCAUGACAACAUUAUUGCCUACUACAAUCACUUCAUGGACAAUACCACCCUGCUGAUUGAGCUGGAAUAUUGUAAUGGAGGGAACCUGUAUGACAAAAUCCUUCGUCAGAAGGACAAGUUGUUUGAGGAAGAGAUGGUGGUGUGGUACCUUUUUCAGAUUGUUUCAGCAGUGAGCUGUAUCCAUAAAGCUGGAAUCCUCCAUAGAGAUAUAAAGACAUUAAAUAUUUUUCUGACCAAAGCAAACCUGAUAAAGCUUGGAGAUUAUGGCCUAGCAAAGAAACUUAAUUCUGAGUAUUCUAUGGCUGAGACGCUUGUGGGAACUCCAUAUUACAUGUCUCCAGAACUCUGCCAAGGAGUAAAGUACAAUUUCAAGUCUGAUAUCUGGGCAGUCGGCUGUGUCAUUUUUGAACUGCUUACACUGAAGAGAACGUUUGAUGCUACAAACCCACUCAACCUAUGUGUGAAGAUCGUGCAAGGAAUCCGGGCCAUGGAAGUUGAUUCUAGCCAGUACUCUUUGGAAUUAAUUCAGAUAGUUCAUGCAUGCCUUGACCAGGGAGAUGGAAGAAAAAGUCACUCUGCUUAAUGCACCUACAAAGAGACCAAGGUCAAGCACCGUGACUGAAGCACCUAUUGCUGUGGUAACAUCACGAACCAGUGAAGUCUAUGUUUGGGGUGGCGGAAAAUCCACUCCCCAGAAAUUGGAUGUCAUCAAGAGUGGCUGUAGUGCCCGACAGGUGUGCGCAGGGAACACCCAUUUUGCUGUGGUCACAGUGGAGAAGGAACUGUACACCUGGGUGAACAUGCAAGGGGGUACUAAGCUCCAUGGUCAGCUAGGCCAUGGAGACAAAGCUUCCUAUCGGCAGCCAAAGCAUGUGGAAAAGUUGCAAGGCAAAGCUAUCCGUCAAGUGUCAUGUGGUGAUGAUUUCACUGUCUGUGUGACAGAUGAGGGUCAGCUCUAUGCCUUUGGAUCAGAUUAUUAUGGCUGCAUGGGAGUAGACAAGAUUUCUGGCCCUGAAGUUCUAGAACCCAUGCAGCUGAACUUCUUCCUCAGCAAUCCAGUGGAGCAGGUCUCCUGUGGGGAUAAUCAUGUGGUGGUUCUGACACGAAAUAAGGAAGUCUAUUCUUGGGGCUGUGGGGAAUAUGGACGACUAGGUUUGGAUUCAGAAGAGGAUUACUAUACACCACAGAGGGUGGAUGUUCCCAAGGCCUUAAUUAUUGUUGCAGUUCAGUGUGGCUGUGAUGGGACCUUCCUGCUGACACAGUCAGGCAAAGUCCUGGCUUGUGGACUCAACGAGUUUAACAAACUAGGUCUGAAUCAGUGCAUGUCUGGAAUCAUUAACCAUGAAGCUUACCAUGAAGUUCCCUACACAACCUCCUUUACCUUGGCCAAACAACUGUCUUUUUAUAAAAUCCGUACCAUUGCCCCAGGCAAGACUCACACAGCUGCUAUUGAUGAACGAGGCCGGCUGCUGACCUUUGGCUGUAAUAAGUGUGGGCAGCUAGGUGUUGGGAAUUAUAAGAAGCGCCUCGGAAUCAACCUGUUGGGGGGACCCCUUGGUGGGAAGCAAGUGAUCAGGGUCUCCUGUGGCGAUGAAUUCACCAUUGCUGCCACUGAUGAUAAUCACAUUUUUGCCUGGGGUAAUGGUGGUAAUGGGCGUCUGGCGAUGACUCCCACUGAGAGACCACAUGGCUCUGACAUCUGCACCUCAUGGCCUCGGCCUAUUUUUGGAUCUCUUCAUCAUGUCCCAGACCUUUCCUGCCGUGGCUGGCACACCAUUCUCAUUGUUGAGAAAGUACUGAAUUCGAAGACUAUCCGUUCUAAUAGCAGUGGACUGUCAAUUGGAACUGUGGUUCAAAGCUCUAGCCCAGGAAGCGGUGGUGGUGGUGGCGGUGAAGAGGAAGACAGUCAGCAGGAAUCUGAAACUCCUGACCCGAGUGGAGGCUUCCGGGGAACAAUGGAAGCAGACCGUGGUAUGGAAGGUUUAAUCAGUCCCACUGAGGCCAUGGGGAACAGUUGUGGGGCCAGCAGCUCCUGUCCUGGCUGGCUUCGAAAGGAGCUGGAAAAUGCAGAAUUCAUCCCCAUGCCUGACAGCCCAACUCCCCUAAGUGCUGCAUUUUCAGAAUCUGAGAAAGACACAUUGCCCUAUGAAGAGCUGCAAGGACUCAAAGUCACCUCUGAAGUUCCUCCAGAAUGCAUGCCCCCAGUAGGAGCCUGGCCUCCCCGGCUGAGUCCUGCAGUUCCAUGUGCCGGAAAGGGAACUCCAUUGACCUCUCCAGCCUGUGCGUGCAACAGUCUGCAGGUGGAGGUUGAGAGGUUGCAGGGUCUGGUGGUAACAUGUCUGGCUGAACAACAGAAGCUACAGCAAGAAAACUUCCAGAUUUUUACCCAACUACAAAAGCUGAGCAAGAAGGUAGAAGGAGGGCAGCAGGUGGGGAUGCAUUCCAAAGGAACUCAGACAACAAAGGAAGAGAUGGAAAUGGAUCCAAAGCCUGACUUAGAUUCAGAUUCCUGGUGCCUUCUUGGAACGGACUCUUGUCGACCCAGCCUCUAGUCUCCUGAGCCCACAUAGUCCUCAGGAAACUGGGACCCAAAGAACUUCACAACACACUUACCAAAUGCAGAGAGCAGCUUUCCUGGCUUUGUUCACUUGCAGACAAGGAGCGCAAGGCAGUGGCUCUAAAGCACUUUCCUUAUACAUUUGGAGAGUGGCAUUGCCUUUUAGAUAGGAUCUAGGAGUGAUUUUGUUUUGGAGAUUGGAAGGGCCCUGUGGUCCUGGCUUUGUCAUCAGUGACUGCCAUAGCAACAGCAGCUCUGUACCUCAUCUGUUGAUCUCACCUUUGAAGAGGAGACACAGUGCUCACCUUAAUUGUGCUGGUAGCAGCUCACAUCCCAUUUAUCAUAUUCACCAUUGAUUGGAAGCUGCCUUGAGAAUUUAGCACCAGGCAUUGCACCUCUGGGUGAAGGCGGGAAAAGUGUCAAGUUGGAAUAGGCUAUGGCCAGGCAUGGCCUGUCCAGGGUCCGCCAGAGAGUGGUAAAGUAUCUGAGCCUUCUUAGGAACCUGGAGUCCAGGAAAAUUUGUCUGAUGGAGUCAGUCAAAUUGUUUUAGUCUGGUUACUUCAUGCAGCUAAGUGCUUUAUGAGGAAAAACUUAGAUUGCUUUUUGCUCUGGAGGUUGCUUAAAACAUCAUCAGUGAGGAGUAGAAAAAGGGAAGGUUCCUCCUCAUCACAUAGCUGGACUUUCAGGCUGUGGUUGAUAUUCCCAGCUCUGAAAGAGAUCUCCAAGAGAGGAGGUACCUCAGAAUUACAUCACAGGGCAGUAGGUAGGGCCAUGGGAGAAAACCAGAAGGGAGGGUAACACCUCCUUGAAUGCUUUGCCUUGGUGUGUGAGAGGGCCCUCAGGUGACAUUGAGUCUUGGAUUCUUGUGCCCUGAUAUCAUGGCUUUUAGGGGUCUGAUUGAUAGCAGCAGCCCCAGCCACCCCUUCUAUAUGUCUAGUCAGUAUUUUUCCCUUCUUGGUGUGUUUUGAAGCUAUGUCAUACCCAGUAAAUCAGUAUCCUCUUUCCUACUUGAGUGGCCCAAAGCCAGUACCAAAUCCUUGGGGUCCCAAAAGCUUGACAGGUAGAACCUGCCAAGUGAAAGGAAAUUGGUUGCAAGUUCAAUUCUGCUCUGUCCUUUUAGAGAGGAACAAGCUGCCUUUUCCAAAGAGAAUGUGUGUCCUAGAAGAACCAAUCUUCUAGGCAGACAUUUGAUGGUUUCCCUUAAAUGUGAGCCUUGUGCUUCCACUAAGCUUAAUGAAUUGCUUGGUAGUGUUUGGGGCCACAGCAGCUGCUUUGAUGAGUACCACAUCCUCCCUACAAACAGCUAAAUUAAUAUUGUUUCAUCUAACCAAACCAAAAAAGGUUUGCUCUCUAUUUUAAUAUUGCAAAAGGACUUACCUGUGUAGGAGAAAUUUUGCCAUUUCUCUAAACUGGUGGUGUAGAGUCUGGCAGUGGGAGGAAACCCCAUCUGUGGGGAUGGGCAACUCUGUCCAAUGGGAUUAUUGCUAUCCCAUUGUUUUCUCAAUUCUGAGAAGCAUAGUACAAUAGUACUGAUGUAAUCACUGAAGCCUUUUCCUGAAAUAAGGGAAGGGCCCAAUCCUGAAUUAAGGUUACAAGUUCUAGGAGUCUGCUGUUGACUAUAAACCCUGACAGUGGGUUUUGGGUCAUUGUGUCAGUACAACUUCGGUUUUCUUUGGGACUGGCUGGCCUUUGGUGUUCCUGUCUCCUCAUGUUCACCAUCUCAGCAGGCCUGAGAGGCAGGGUCAGUUUGGGUAUUCAUCAUGAGGAUCACUUCUGCUUGGGAGCUAAGGGGCAUGGGCAUGUUGCUGACUGUGUGGUGACAGUGUUGAAGGGGGCAAGAGCCCCAGGGAGUCACUCCCAAGUAGAACAUGAUGGUCAUUUCCUCUAGUGUGCUUCCUUGGAAACUGUAGGUUUGCUAUUUAUCUGGCUGAGAAUCUUAAGUUCUGUGCCUUAGAGACAGUUUGCACUUUCCAAAUUGUGCCUGAGAUAGCCAUAAGGUUUUUCCCACCAAACAGCUAUGCAAAUAGAAACCAGUUCAAAGGUGGCAGCCAGGCAUGGGGUACAGUAAAGGCAAGAUAGCAGAAAUACCUUUGAAUGGUUUCCUGUAGCUAAUUCUUCCUAAGUUGUGUCCUGCUAUUCUUUAUGCAGUGCUAGGUGUUUUAAGCUUUCCAGUAGUGUUGCUUUUGAGUUACAGUAUAACCUACGUUAAUCCUCUGUGCCCACACUUUUGCUGAAGAACCGGCUUAUUGUUGGCCAGAUGCUGGAAGGAUGAGGGUGGAGUGGUUUGGCAUUUCUGUUUUAAAUAAAUGUUUAAACUUUCUAUGUGCUUCAGUAAGCCUGUGCAGUGACCUCUACCACUGGAGAGAAACACCCACAGUGCUAGGCCUUGGUGGAUCUUUGAUUCUGUGGGUCUUAUAUAAAUAAAUAAAUGUGGAGCCAG